AUGGGUAGUUUUGCUUAUUCAGAUCCAUCUAAUCGAUCAUCGCCUACAGAAUUAAAGAAUGUUAUAGUUGAGCGAAAGGACUAUGAAUCAAUCUCUUCACAAGCUCGUGAAUUGUUUAAUUAUCAAACAGUAUUUGAAUCGAAAAUUGAACGAGAAUGGCUAUUGAACAAUGUACGUAGUACAACUAUUCAGAUCAAAGUUGAUGAGAGUUUAUAUGAAGUGAAUAGUAACUAUGUUCUCAAUGAUCAACAGAAAUUCGUUCUCAUUCUUCAUGAAUUCGAUGAAACACAUAAUUGGACAAUUUGGACAAAAAUGAUAGAACCACUUAGUCGACGAUGUUCAUAUUCUGUAAUUCUUGUUGAUUUACCAGGUUUUGGUCAAUCAGAUGGUCGUGAUUUAAAUCAAGCUAGCUGGAAACGACAUGGACCAGAGAUUAUUGUUGCUAUUCUUUCGAGUUUUCAUAUCGAACAACCUGUUAAUAAUUAUACUUGCGACUUGUGGUAA